AGUCAGCAACAUGUCGGUCAUGUUAGUGACAUCGAAUUAUUGGUCGACAGUUCUAAGCUUUCUCGCACAACAAUACUUGAUGGACUCGCAUGCCACAUGUAUUUUAUGGCAUCCAUCUUUUGAUAUAAGCCUGGAGACGAAUUCACCACUGGCCGUAAUCCAUUUGGAGCCCCAAAAGUGGUUUAAUUCGGAGCACAUUGCGGAUUACGAACGGAAACGUGCCGAGUUAGAGAAGAAUCGUGUGGAGUACAAUGAAUGGAUACUGCAGCUGACUUUGGCCAUUGAGCAGUCACAUUGUGAGAACUUUAUAGCAUUUCAGGAGCAUAUUCCACAAUUUGCGCAUUCGUUUUAUAAUGCCAGCAUCUAUGCAAUUUGGCGAUCGACUCGAAAUCGCUUUAUUUUCGUCUACUCGGAUGAACUGCUUCCAACUGCCGUUGAUGCAUCCAAUUACUUUGAUGGUUACAUAUUUCAUGAUCAACCCAACAUUCUCCUGGUUAACGCGCCACUUUUGAAUUCAACUAUAUUUGAAAUCAAAUCCAAUCAAUUUGUGGGACCUCGUUAUUUUGGUAAGGAACCAAUGCCCGUAAGCUUUGAUACGCUGCAGAUUUAUGAUGCGCAGCUCGACAAGGUUUUAUGGGAUGGCGGCAUUGAUCUCACCAAUAAACUACGGAAUCUGCAAGGACGUGAAAUUGUUUUGGGCAUUUUUAAUUACAAACCUUUCAUGGUAGUCGACUAUGACAAGCAGCCAAAAGUGUAUAAUCGAGCCCAACAUGGAGCUGAGGUGCACAUCGACGGAACUGAAGUGCGACUUCUACUCAUCUUUUGUGAACUACACAAUUGCACGGUGCAAGCAGAUACAACCGAGCCCUCGGAAUGGGGCGACAUAUAUGAAAACUAUACAGGCACCGGCUUGAUGGGCAUGGUGCUGGACAGGACAACUGACUACGGUAUCGGUGGCUUAUACGUGUGGUACGAAGCCUAUCUCCGGAUGGAUAUCUCACAAUUUCUGGGACGUUCUGGCGUCACCUGCCUGGUGCCAGCACCGCAUCCAAUAAUCAACUGGGCGCUGCCAUUGCGUCCCUUUCAAGCCACACUCUGGAUCUGUGUGAUUGCCUGCUUAAUGUUGGAGUGUAUAUCGCUGACCUGCACUCGUCAAUGUGAACGAUCUUCAGUCCGCAGCUGGCAGCAAAGUUUGCGCUUUGGUUUCGUCAGCACGCUCAAGCUGUUUGUCAACCAGAGCACCAGCUAUGUAGCCACAUCGUAUUCCUUGCGCACUGUUUUGUUGGCUAGCUAUAUGAUUGACAUAAUUUUGACGACAGUUUACGGUGGAGGACUUGCUGCCAUAUUGACGCUGCCGAAACUUGAGGAAGCUGCCGAUUCACGUCAGCGACUCUACGAACACAAAUUAACUUGGACGGCAACAUCGCACGCUUGGAUUAGUAUCUUUGAUGUUGACACGGCUGAUCCGAUUUUAUUACGACUUAUGGAACGUUUUCGGGUCUACGAUGCCGAUAACAUUGCAAUCAAAUCGCGCACCGAACAAAUGGGCUUUGUUGUAGAGCGUAUGCAAUUUGGUCACUUGGCUAAUGCCGAAAUAAUACCCGAUGAUUCGUUGUCACGGCUCAAGUUAAUGGUUGACGACAUCUACUUUAUAUAUACGGUAGCUUAUGUGCCGCGUUUGUGGGCGCAUCUCGAUGCACACAGUCAAUUUACACUCGCCUGGCAUUCGUCCGGUUUUGACAAGUAUUGGGAAUGGAAGAUCGCAGCGGAUUAUAUGAGUGCCAAUAGGCAGAAUCGCAUGGCAGCAUCACAGAUACCCAAGUUGGAUAUUGGACCCGUUGAGUUGGGCAUAGAUAACUUUAUUGGUUUAAUAUUGUUGUGGUGCUUCGGUAUGACAUGCAGCUUGCUCGCCUUUGUCGCCGAGAUAUGGUGUCACCCAGUCGAUAGAUUUUAAAUGC